AUGAGUCUCGAUGAGCAAUCCGAUGUCAUUUUAGACAAUCGAACACCAUUAGAAAAAUUGAGGGACUUACGACAGACGAUUAAUUUUGAUAACGAAAAAGAGCGAUUCAUUCUUGUCGAAAAAAUUAACUCCACAAUCAGCGAACUAAACGGCGAACCGUUUCUACUCGAGGAAGUCCAGUUACAGCCGGAAGAAAUGAACUCGCUUCUCUUGGAGGCCGUGAAACACGUGGCAGUGAAAAACAACGACAAAAGUGAAAGCGCACAUGGAUUCAUCGAUUUUGUGGCUGACAGCGGAUACGAGUACAAGCCUGCCGACGUCGUCGAGGCUGGCGAGCCUCCGCCACGCGUCACGCCGAUACUUUACUUGGCCAGAAAAGAUUACGAUACCGGCUUCCCGCUACCCGCAAACGUCAGGACGACGGUGAUUAAACUUUUCAAAAUUUACAAAGAUUUCAACGUGAACUACACCGACGAGGACGGACUGACGCACUUUCACGCGGCCUGCAUGGCCAGGUGCGAGCGCGUCGUCGAGAGAUUUCUCGAGCUCGGCCAGGAUCCCAACGUGCGCGUGGACGACACGGGCGACACACCGCUGAUCCUGGUUAUUACCGACCGCUCGCUCGUCGAGUUGCUGCUGCGACGCGGCGCCGAUCCCAAUCUCGCGAAUAAACUGGGACUGACGCCUCUACACUGCCUCAGCGCCAUCGAGGAGGACGACGACGACCGGCUGAACGCGUUGUUCGAGCUCAGCCACGAGAAGUAUCGGCCGGUGCAGGUGAACGCCCGGAACAAACACGGCGAUGUACCGCUGCUGUAUUCUCUGAAGCGGGGUCGCAAAAAAUUGACCGAGAUUCUGCUGAGGAGAGGCGCCGAUCCAAAUUUGUCCAACCAAAACGGAAUGACACCUCUUCACUGCAUUUGCACUUACUCAGAAGAUGUCGACUUUUUAAGGAUGUAUUACGAUAUCAACGAAAAAUUGCAUCAAACGUUGCAUACCAACGCUAAAGACAAUCACGGCCGGACACCGUUAUGGCUGGCUGCGUUCCGCGGUAUGCGACAUAUCAUCAAAUUUUUACUGACGGCAGGAGCCGAUCCCAGUUUAGCCUGCGAAGAUGCAAAGACGCCUCUGCACGUCGUUUGCGCCAAUUAUCGCGACGACCCUAGCCUGGCGAAUAUCUUAUUGGAGCUCAGCCAGCAGCGAUUUAAGCCGCUGCAGGUCAAUCCUCAGACUAAACUCGGCAACACACCGCUGCAUCUGGCCAUGGAGUUCGGCAACAAAAAAUUGGUCGAGGUUCUGCUGAGACACGGCGCCAGACCCAAUAUAACCAACAAAAUGAGGAGGACGCCUCUGCACAAGCUCUUGAAUCGACAAGAUUGCGACAACGAAUUGCUGAAGUUAUUUUUCGAAAUCAACGAAGCCAAGAAGCAGCCUGUGCGCAUCGAUGGUCGAGACCUCGCGGGAAAAACACCGUUGCACCUGGCAAUGACGAACGGUAACAGAUACGCGAUCGAUUUGCUGACGAGAAAGAGCGCCGAUGCUAGUUCGGCUCAAGAGAAUGAAUCCACUACCGUUUCGUCUCGGAUUCGCAAGAGCACCGAAGACGACGACGACGACGACGACCAGAAUAAUUUAGCUCCGGCGCGAAAACUCAGGAGAUUGGAUCCGAAUUUAGCCAACGCCAAUGGAACGACUCUUCUGCACGUUUACUGCAAGAACAGUUGUUAUCAACAGUUGGUCGAGCUACUACCCAAGCAACUACUUGAUAUCAACGCCCAGGACGAGUACGGUAACACACCAUUGCACUGGGCCCUGUUUGGCAAAUAUAACCAACUACUUAUCGAAUUGCUGCUAAGGAGUGGCGCCAAUCGGAAUGCGGCUAAUGUCCAAGGACAGAGGCCUCUUCACUACAUUAGCAAGAGAACGGAUAACGAGAUUCGUGAUAUUCAUGAUUUGAUGGAGGUAUUCUUCGAGAUCGACGGAGAAGUAGAGGUCGACGCCAGAGACAAUAAAGGCCUAACACCCCUUCAAUUGGCUGUGGCUAAUGUCAGACCCGAUAUGGUCGAUAUACUCCUGGACCACGGUGCCGAUUUGUCCAAAUUCGUUUUUCCGGCCGCGAAAUACUUCGCGGGGAGAUUUAAAAAGUGUCAACACAAUUUUGGAUUGGAACUUGUUUCUGGGGCUCUAGCCUGCGUCGAGCGCUUAGAGGAGAGGGGCUACGAAACUAGGAGAAGCGACGCUUUGACGAUCAUGGGAUUAUUCAAAAAGUACAAAUUGUUUGCGAAACCAGGAGAUUUGCACGAAAGUUUUAAAGAGAAAAAGUUCAAGUUCGUAACGGAAAAGUUAAGGAUAAAUUCGGAAAUGUCGCUCGACAAACUAAUCAAGGCACAACCAUCAAGGGAACCGAAAGAACUACCCUCAUAUACGGAAUUAUUCAAGUUUUGGCGUGGGUCGAAGAGCCGAUAUGAUGUGAUCACUGCACGCGUAUGCGAGAAUAUGUCUAGAAAAUUUUUCUGGCGCUGGGCAAUGCAUACAUUAUUAAAGGAGAUGCCGAUACGGACGUCGCUGAGUAUGCCAGAGGAGGUCUGUGUGAUUAUUCUCGAACCUCUAAAGAACAAAGAAUUAUAUAAAGUUUGCUUGCAAUUCCGUAAUUAA